AUGCGCCCAUUCAUUUUGUUUCUCUAUGGUACAGCGAUUGGACUCGUUUCGUUUAUUGGGAAUUCUGAUGCCCUCUCCGUGUGCACUCGUCCAAAUCAAUCAAUGUCUGAUGGAUUUUUUCAAAGAGUCGAUCUUCCAUCAGCUAUUGCUUGUAUUGAGAGAUGCAUCGAGUACAUGGAGAUCUGUCAUUCCGCACUUUUCAUUCGUUUUGACGAGAAAUUGAAUGGGAUUUGUCAGCUUUAUCCAAUUAAUUCAGAAGACAGUGAAGAAGCGUUUCAAGAACAAGAUAAUCCCGAUGCUGAAUCCACCGUUUUCGAACUAUUGGAUCGUUGCCCGCCGAUUACCAAAAUGGAUAUGAUGCGAAGAUUGAGCGAAGAGGCGUUGAAUCGAUUGGCUGAGCCAAAGAAAACUGCCCGUGCUCUGACAAAAACCUUUGAUGACGAGAUCAUUCAACGCGAAGAGAUUUACCCGAAAAGGGACUCGUUCACCUCAAGCGAAUUGGCUCAAUACGUGAAAAGGGAUCGAUCCGAUAGAGGAUAUGCGACAAUGCACUCAGUGGACGAGCCGCCAAAUCAUCGGAAUCCCUGGCAAAAUCCCUUUGAGAGUCUCACCUCUGCGUAUUCGUCUAAAGAAAGGCCAUCGUAUUUGACCGGUUACUCGAGCAGUAGCAACGAAAAAGACUCACCAAGCUACGGGCCAUCGCCAAGUCUUGCGGGAUUGUCCCCAAUUCAGCCAAUUCAGGUCCUUCACCGAGGUCAACCGAUGCUUCAUCGACCCGCAAUCCCACCACCAUUGCCCACUUCAUUCCAAUCCUCGUAUCAACAAAGUUCAUGUCAACCUGGUGCCCCUUGUGUGCCAACUCUUCAUCAACUCGACAAAUCCCCAUGCCCAGCUAAACAAGGUGAUCCUUGUGCUCCAAAACCGCCAUGUUCACCUGAUAAAUAUCCGGAAAUCUCGUGUCAAUUGGAUCCAGAAUGGUCAGAGUGGACAGCUUGUUCGGUGACUUGUGGAAUUGGGCAGAGGAUGAGAACGUGUAGUGAAGGUUUG